AUGGCCGAGAAAUGCCUCCGCAACGCCAGCUGCAAGUGCAGCAUGUGUGCUGGCUUCGACGUGGCGUCUCUUAUGAACAUCUCCAAGUCCAUUUCAUCCAACAUCAACUACGGAGAAGGUGAAGAGGAGGACGGAGUUCAAGAUGCAGCGCCUCCACCUCCUCGAUUCGGCGGCGUGGCCAACUCGCCGCCUGUCCCGUCCCAGAAGCAGAGUGUGGUGGCCAAUUCUCCGCCUUUACGAGCCGCUACGAGGCCUCCACCAGCCCCACAAAGCGUCCACAUGGAUACUCCAAUGGAAGACAUCACUAUCGCCGAUUAUACAGCGCAGGACGUCGUCAUGGAGUCGUCUCCGACGCUGAAAGACGCGCAGAUGGAGAGUGUUGCCUCCACGCUGUCUAAUAUGGAGGUCGACAGUCCAGGAGGACCAGGAGAUGCUGUCUCAAUCGACGCAGUACUGCCGAAACUCUCAGACAAGAACUGGAAGGUACGCAAAGAAGGCUUCGAGGAGCUCAAGACGCUGUUCGAACAGCCAGGAGUCAAGACGAGCCUCGUGAGACCGGCGAUGGAGCUGUUUAAGAUGUGCGAGGACGCCAACGCCAGUGCCAUGGAAGCGGGGAUUGCCGCGGUACUUGCGUACACUUUGAACGUGGAGCCAUUUGACAAGGACAUCGUGGGCGGCGUCAUGGCGCGCGUCACAGAUAAAGGCUUCUCGGCCAGACCGGGCAUCGUCAAGUUGUGUACAGAGCUGACCGACGCGUUUAUCGCUGCAGGCGCCGCAGAGGAGACGGUGACGGCGCUGCUGGAAGGCACGAACAACCGCAAGCCGAAAGUGCCUCCAGCUUGUGCGACGUGUGUACUGGACGCGCUGAAGGAAUACGGGCCGCGUGUUGUACCGUUGCAAGCUAUCAAAACAGCGCUACCGAAGCUGAUGGAAGGAGCAGUGAAGGUGCGGCCGAUAGCGAUGAGUAUUAUGGUGGAGAUCCAUCGCUGGACUGGCCCUGCGCUCGUACAGGACAUUGUAGCCAAUCUACGACAAGCACAGCAGACGGAGUUUGAGGAACAGACUAAGGAUGUCACAGCUGGUCAGGCAGCUCCGACCAAGUUCGUUAGAGGCGCGAAACCUGCUAAAGCUGCAGGCGGGAAGCCUUCGAGUGGUGUAUCCCAUACGGCUGAGCCUGCCGCCCCAGCGUUCGACCCUCGUGACUUUGCAGAGACUGUGGAUUUACUUGCGAAGCUCCCGAAGACGGAGUUUAAGACCAAGUUGGCGCUACCCAAGUGGAGUGAAAAGGUGGAGGCGUUGAAGAUCGUGCUGGAGCUGAUUGGCCCCGUACCGAAGCUAGCGAAUGGCGAGUACUACGAACUCGUGUCGACGCUGAAGGCACUGACGAAUGACUCGAACGUCAACAUUGUGGCCAAGUCGAUUGAAGUGUUUGGAGCGCUGGCGGACGGUCUGCGGAAGAACUUUACGCAGUAUGCGCGGAUGAUGUUCCCCGAGUUGUUGCGCAAGCUUUCGGACAAGAAGUCGGUCAUUUUGAACGCGACGAACAAGACGCUGGACUUGUUUCUGCAGCAUGCGAUGACGAUCGACCUGAUGAUGGAGGACCUGAGACUGGCGUGCGAUGCGUCUAAGAACAAGGCGCCGCCUGCGCGCGUCCAGACGAUGGCGUUCUUGACUCGCGCGGUGGAGAAUCGCUAUGUGGAUUUGAACGACAAGGUGCUGGUCGUGGCGUUUGGAGCGAUGUUCAUGAAGGGCAUCGACGAUAGCGACCCCAAGGUGCGUGAAGCGGGGCAGAAGGACUUUAUUGUACUCUUGCAAGCCACCGAGCAGACGGCUGGAUGGCUGCAGAGCAUGUUGGACGAGAUCUCUCGUAAGAAUCCACGGGCGUUUAAGGUUAUCCAGAAGGCGCUGGGGGCUGGCGCUGCGUCCACCGCUUCGUCUCGUCCUGGCAGUGCCCAAUCUUCUCGACCAGGAAGUGCCACCUCUCGUCCUGGUAGCGCCCCGCCGUCGCGUCCAGGUAGUGCGGGAAGUGCUGCCAGUCGCUCGAGUUUCGGCGGCUCUAAGGCGUCAGAGCCUGAUGGGGAUGUGGAGAUGGAUAGCACGCCCGCUCCUGGGGGCCUACGACGCCCGUCGUUGAAGAAGCGUGGGCCUCCUAGUCGACUGGGAGCGAAGCCUGGCACUCCAAGCGCGCAAUCGAAGGCAGCCUCCUCUAGAAAACCUGCCGCUGGAUCAAAUGCUGGUUCGUCGGGAGGAGCGAGCACUGACUUCACGCCAAUAGCCAUCUCGGUUACCGCAGAGGAAGCAGAGGACGUUAUUGCGGAGCUUGAGUUGGAGAACUGGAGCUCGAUCCAGGAAGGAUUCGCCAGCUCCAAGUGGAUGGAGCGCAAAGCUGCGAUUGAAGCUCUGGAGGAGUAUGCGAGAGCGAAUUCUGGAGUGAUGACUGUGCGCGUGAUCGAGGCGUUUGCGAUGUACCUAUCGACGCAAGUGAAGGACUUCAAGGACAGCAAUAUCAACGUGUUGAAGAGCGCGUUCCAAGCUGUGGGCACGUUGGCGGAGACUGCAGCGGGCAAGUUUCCGCGUGGUGUUGUUUGCCUCGUGACUCCGCGUGCGUGCGACAAGAUUGGCGACAGGAAGGCGAACGAGGCCGUGCGAGGGAUGCUCGUGCAGUUCUGCGAGGCUACCAGUCCCGCGUAUACGACUGGAUGCAUGAUCGAGUACAUGCCGAAGGUCCGCCUGCCGCUAGCGCACAUCGAGGCGCUCGUGGUCUUGUCGGACUGCGUGAAGGACUUUGGCGUGUCCAUCUGCAAUCCUCGCGCUGUUAUUGACUACGCGAAGGGUCCACAAGGCCUGGAAGGGUCCAACCCGAAGGUUCGCAGCGCUGCGACGGCGCUGCUCGGUACGAUGUACUCGCAAUUGGGCCCAGCGCUGCUUCCGAUCUUGAACCUGGAGAGCUGGAAGCCUGCGUUGGCCAAGACUGUAGAAGACGAGUUCAAGAAGGUGGGCUUCGAUCCAGCCAAGGCCCAGGCGACGAUUAAGCGCCAAGUGAAAAGCCAAGACGCGGCACCGGCUGCCGCAGACCCCGGCGCGCUGUUCGGGCGUGUCGAUGUGAGUAGCCAGAUCACCAAGGAGCUGCUGGAAGACAUGAAGAACGAGAAGGACAAGGUGGCGUGGAAGAAGCGCGCAGAGGCCAUGGAUAGCGUCCAAGCCAUCUGUGAAGGCGCCGGCUGCGCGAUUGAGUUCACGAGGCCUGUGCAAGAAGCUCUCCGCCAGCUCAAGGCUCGUCUGAACGACUCGAACGCCAACUUGAAGGUGAAGGCUGCGAACGUCAUUGGAGUCGUGGCUGCGAGUGUCGGGCCCGACAUCGCCAAGAUGUCGAAGGUUCUGGGCGCGAGUCUGGUCGCCGGUGUGGCCGACAACAAGAAGACGAUGCAAGCUGCGGCUGUGCAGGCUCUCCACAAGUGGGUUCGACACAACAACGAGACGUCAAGCGUGUGUGUGGAGAGUCUACUGGCUCCGUUAUCGGAAGGUCUUUCGAACACUGUGGGCAGAGCUGAGCUGCUCGGAUGGGCUGUAGAGCACCUGCAGAAGUGCGAAAAACUGGAUCUGAGCUGUCUGGUGGCUCCCACGGUGCAGUGCAUGAUGGACAAGUCGUCCGAGGCGCGUGAGAAGGCGCAGCUUGUGCUGAUUGAAGUCAUGAAGUCGGUGGGCAAGGACGUGGUGUUUACGACCGGGUGUCGGGAUAUUAAGCCAGCGGCCAUGCGCGCUCUCAAGCCUUUGCUGCAGAAAGUAAGCGACACAGUUGACACCAGUGGAGGUUCGAGCUUAUCUGCUACGGUGUCUGCCCCAGCACCUUCUGUAGCGCCUCCUGUAGCCAGUGGGCUGGAGCGUGGCGGACUUAAGAGAAGAGCGAGUGUAGCGGCGGGCAGUACCCCCGUCAAGUCGCGUCUUACGCGUCCCAGCUCGCUUCGUGCUCCUCCGGCAGCAGCUUCGCUAGCACCGGAGACUUCGACAAAGACGGCGCCGUUGCUGAAGAUGACUUCGAACAAGCCGGCGAGACUGUCCAAGGGCCAAUACAACAAGUGGAUCUUCGAGACGACGUCAACGAGUGAGAUGAACGCGCGCAAGAGUGAGAUCGAGGCCGAGUGGAAGCCUUUUUUGUCGCCAGAGUUCCACGCCAAGUUGUUCGCGCCUUCCUUGGAGAAGGGGAUGCUCGCUGCCAUGGACGAACUGACGCUGUGUGUUGUCCAUCAGCCAGACGAAGUGAUCUCGGCGCUGGACCUCGUGAUGAAGUGGUGCAGUCUUCGUAUCGUGGACAACAACGUCCAAGCGCUGGCGAAGCUGCUAGAAGUGCUGGUCAAGCUGUUCGAGAUGCUGCGAGAGUCUGGAUAUCAACUGGAGGACGUCGAGGCGGCGAUUCUGCUGCCGUAUCUUCUGCAGGAAAGCGGCCAGUCGAAGCCGCGCUUCCGCGUCCGCUUCCGUGACGUCAUGAAGCUGGUUGUGGCGGUGUACAGCCCCGACAAGUACGUCCCGUAUCUGAUGGAGUGUUUCAACGGGUCGAAGAACAUGAAGAGCAGGUGCGAGUGCAUCGAUCUGGUCGAGUAUAUCGUCGGUUUGCAUGGAUACCAAGUGCUCGGGCGCAAGUGUAUCAAGGACGUGGGCAAGUUCGUCGUGGCGCACGAGAAGGAGCUCCGAGAGAGUGCCAUCAACACGCUCGUGGCUGUGUACAUGCGCACGGAAGGCGGGAAUCCAGACAAGUUUUUCCGCUUUGCGGGCAUCACCACACAGCAGGGAAUGGACCUGCUGAACGCGCGUCUUAAGCAUCUACCGGCCAGCACUCUCCAGGGCGAAGCGGCUGCAACGCAGGAGGUUGCUCCAGAGCCUCAGCAGCGUCCUCAACGCACAGGAUUUGGCUUUGGCUUUGGACGAGCUGCUGCUGCGACAACAGCACCAACGACGACGAGGUCGGACCCAGUCAAGGAGCAGCCAGUGGUGGAGUCGGCAGCUCCGCAAUUUAGCUCUGAAUCGCACAAUGUGGACAUGGACGCACUCGAACACGAGGCUGAGUCAGAGGCUCAGAGUGCCGUCAUUGAGGAGCUGCUGCUGCGCCCGAUUGAGAUGCUGAUCAACUCGUCCAAGGAGGUGGUGCCGGCGGGCUCGCCUGCGUACAAGGAAGGCGGCAAUGCGCUGAAAGGGCUGUAUGCGAUAAUCAACCGGCCGUCCGACCCGGCGGAGCUUGAGUUCUUGCACUCGUACGUGAACGAGAUUGUGCUGGCCUUGUGUGACUGUAUCCAUGGCGCGUUCUACGCCGGCAACGCCGAGAAGAGACCGGAGAUGUACAUCCUCGCGAUCAGCAUCACGACGCUCACCGUCGUGUUCAGUAGCGACGCGGUGACGAGCAUGCAGCGUUACACGGUGGAGCGAGUGCUGCUGGAGUUGUGCUCGAAGAUCAUGGACCCGCGCAUGGAGAAGUUUGCAGAGAAGGCGAAUCUGACUGCAGCGGAGAUCGCGAUGCUGCCUCCCGAAGAGAAGCGCUAUCUCAUGGUGUUCAAGGCGCUGUACAAGGCGAUGCGGAAGCUGACGGAGAGAGCAAAGGCGGGCGACGUCUAUCCGUCGGUGAUCAAUCUCCUGCAGCGUCUGAUGCACAAUGAUGUGGGCGACUACAACAAGAACGACACGCUCAAGCACUUGCUGAAGGAGGACUCGCUGGACCAGCUCGUGGGUCGAAUCUUACUCAAGCUGUCGAAUGUCCAAGCGAACUCGCUGACGCCGUUUGAGGAGAUCGACAUCUUCGGCGUGCUCAUGCAGAUGCACAUGUCUCUCGACUUUACCUGGAGCGGAAGUCAUGAUGGUGGAUAUUGCUAA